AUGAAUAAUAUAAAAUGUCAAUCAUGUGCUUAAUUAAUAGCAAUAGUAAGAUGUAAGGAAUGCAAUAUUUCUAUCUGUUUCAAAUGUGAUGAAAAUAUUCACUAAGAAAAAGAUGAUAAUCAUAACAGAACAACAAUAUUAUUUUAACCAAGAUUGGUAUAAUAACCUGAUGAAGAGAGUUUGAUUGAAUAAAUAAAGCUUAGAAAAUAAGAAUUAUAAGAAUUGAAAGAUAAGGAAUCUUAAAUCACUAAGCAUUAUUAAGAUAGAAUGUUACAAGCUAAGAAAAAAUAUGAAUAAUAAAUUUCAGCUUUAGAAAAUAGAUGUAUUAUUAUUAGAAUAUGUAGUAUAAUAGGCUUAAAAGUUUAUGAAUGAUGUUAAUUAAGAAAAUGCAGAACUUGAUGUUGAUAAUCUUUAAAGUGAAUUAGAAAAUUUAGAAAAGAGUUUAAAAACAGAAAUUAAAUUAGCAGAAGAAGAACAAAAAAAAUUAAAUGAGAAAACUCAAAAAGUAGAUACAUUAUUAGAUAGAGUUAAAAAAGCUACAGAUAUAGAAUAAUAAUAAAUUAGUAAAAUGAAUGAAGUUAUUUAAAUUUUUAAGGCUUGUUCAGAAUAAAUAUAGAAAGAGAAAGUAAUAAUAUUAUUUAUUUCAGGAUUUAUUGAUGCUUGAUAAUGAGAAAUUAAUUGCAGAAGUAGAAAUCUUUGCUAAAUUCUUUGAUGAAAAUGGACCUUUGAUGGAAGAAUUAAAUGCAUAAAAAAAUAAUGAAUAAUAAUGAAAAUUUAUUUUUGUUA